AUAGGAGUUUGUUUACAACACAAUCACAUAAAAAAACACCAAACCAACGCAAAUCGCUCUCCAAAAUUCUAAAAAUGUGGCAAGAUUUCAAUGUUUUCACAAAUGAUCAAACUCCAAAAGAAUCGUCAACAAAAGUAAACCGAACGAAUCUACCACGACGGGCAAGAAACUUUAGCAAAGAACAGCUUCAAAAAGCUCUACGCAAGAAAAAAGAAUGUAAUGACAAGGCACAGCGCGCGGUAGAAACGUUAAUCGAACCGGGACGCACGGAGGAAGAGCUGCUCACAUUGAUAAAGGAUAUUAACCAAUGCCACAUGGAGGACAUAAUACAGGAACGUGCAAUUGUGAAGAUCUGUGGUUAUCCACUAUGCGACAACGCACUAACGAAUAUACCGAAGCAAAAGUACGUAAUAUCUGUGUCGAGAAAUAAGGUAUACGACAUCACGGAAAGAAAGAAUUUUUGCAGUGGCGAUUGUUACAAGGCGUCCAACUUUAUCAAAGAGCAGAUGCUAACGAGUCCGCUAUGGUUGCGGGACCAGGAAGAUAUACCGAAUUUCCGGCUGCUCAAUGGAAGGCAGCUUGUUUACAGGGUCACCGACGUAAAUAAACCGUUGCAACCGGGAGAAGUGAUCUUUGGAGAGUUGAAAAUUGUAGAACGAAAGUAUGCUGCAAAGGAACAGGAAGAUCUAUUGACAAAAGAGCAGCAAACCGGCGAAUGUUCGACGAAUCAGCUAGAACAAGCGGUAAUUGAAACUCAAAACGUUGUCGGCGUGGAACAGCAAUUAGAUAGUGUGCUUUCGCAGUUAAGCAUUAAAGAUACAAUGUUGACAAAGGAUUGUGAUAAAAAUUUAAUAUAAAAAAUAUGCAAAAUAAAUAAUAUACCGAAGUGAAA